AUGGUUCGUUUCUGGCGCGAUGCACUUUAAUCGACAUCUUGUUUGUCAUGUGGUCCUUAUAGCUUCUUUUCGCUUACUUUGAUAGUUGAGUAUUUCUGACCCCUUGGCCUCGACCAGGUCAUUUUUUCCAUUAAUAAGUACCUGCGGUUCGAAAUAUGGCUUAAAGUUCUUUAACUCAUGUUGUCACUUUCUCAAGGCACACUUUCUAAUAUGAUACCAACAGUUAACUCGACGUCUGCUUAAAAAGCCGGAACCUCCUUGACCACUCACAUCCGAGUUGCUAAUGGCCGAGACUCUGUUAACGUUAACAUCAACGGUGCGGUGUUUAUGACUGACCUGACAUUUCAUCAUAAACUUUGCUCGCCAUCUUCGUUAUACCGCGUGACCUAUUCCUCUACGCAGAAGAACUCUUAGAAUUGACUAGGUAGGUAGGGUUGAUCGGCUGUCGGUCGAAGUGCCAUAACUCAAGUACCUCACUAUUCCCGCGAUUAUCGCAUCGCGAGAGUCACAGUCUCAUUGGAUGAGCUGCAAUUGGAGAAUUGUAGCAAUUUUCUCUCUUAUUACCGAUGCUUGUCCGGCCAUCCGCGUCCAGGGGUAACCCUUCUCGCUCCCCGGUCUAGUUGGCUUACCAGUAGUAUCACCAAAUCGACAGCGAUCCCAGGUUUUUUGCCAUUCUUUCGGGUUGUUCGGUCCCACUGCCUUUUGCCAAUUGGCUGCCUCUGACCAGUGUGUAACCGCAACGCGGAGUGGCAUAUGAAUUCGGCUGAUGGCUUCCGAGUCGUUUUUGACGUCAAGGCACCCUCACCAAAAUGUAGGUCCGCCAUGAUUUUUCUCUCGCUCCCUCUUUUGCAUGCAUUGGAUUUACGAAGUUCCCUGGGUAGCAAUUAGUUCCGAGCGUCCGUUUGUCCAAAGAUGCCACUAGAGCACUCUUCGGCAACUGCAGCUGAUUGUGUGGUUGUGGUUGAGGCUCAGUAUUUCCGUCGUAUCUCUCGCAUUGACUUUCAGGCCUUACAUCAGUUACCAGGCCCUCUCGCGUGUAGUGGCAGGUCGCCAUGUCACAAUGCCGCCUGGACUUGUAAGCUUUUUAUAGAUGACCGACUCUGGUCGAUUCCCUGCACAUGACGCCACUGCACGGUCUUUGACUACUAUUCUUCAGACCUGAACGCCCGUUCAUUUCGCAUCAGACCUAUUGAGGUUGCUCCGCUAUCCGCCGCCAGUGAAUGAGUCGGGUAGCCAACAGCUUGAUUAACAGUAAGAUCUCGCUUUCCCACGGCUCUUAACGUUCAUGUGUAACCGAAAAUAAUUUAGGCCGGUUUUGGCUGCAUAAACUGUUAGGCAAGUCCCUCCUGCCAUACGUCGUUGACCGGCAACUCCCCACAUGCUCGUAAUCUGCUGCCGUGCCUCUGUACUUAGAAAGGGUAUUCCUCAGUACUGACCACGUCAUCCCAUUUUCGGCCUCCUAACACAUCGCCAAACAAUCCAGUCUAAUUUUGCUGUCAAACCAUUGAGACUAACAAUACUAUCUACGUCAUAUUCUCGGGGCCUCGUAGCUCAGGUGGUUAGAGCGUUGGCCCUACUAAAGCUUUCCCCUUACCGUUGUGUUUUUGCAUCCCACCGAAGCGCCCAGUUUCUCACAGUUGGGUCAAUAUGAAUUGAAAAGUCAAUUUGGCAAACACGUGUUUUCGGUAACUCUUCAUCAGGCCAAAGCGGGUACAUAGAAGUUUAAUUUAUGCGAAGUUACAUGGCUUAUAAGUGAUUCGGGGACAAUCAACAUCCAUCGUUCCCACGCCACUCGUAUGACAAAGCGUGCUAUGGCGUGGUCGGCGUGUCGUGGUCAUUGGGUCAAGGGCGCGAGGGAGAGUGGGACAUAGGCUGCGAGUAAUGUUAGUACGUCGGGUACGUUGUGCACACACCCUGCCAUCAGGACGUUGGGGUCGGCGUUGGCCACGGAAGACAGAGCGCUUGUGUCAGAGUCUUCUGACAGUAUAGCACUGGAUUGGCUAACCGUAUAGCCAUUGCCUCGGCCGUAACUAGCACCCGUUAGCGUAGGCCUCUGGAGAAGCUUACUGGUGUCCGGUAGACAACCUGAAAGGCUUCUUUGGCAUCGACUCGGUGAUUCCUAUCGACAAGAUGUGCGAGAAUAGAACUCGAGCUCGAUUUCUUUUCACCUUUGCCCAGCCAGGCCGGUAUGUGUUCACGUACUCUCCUUUCCAAGUGCCUCUUUGUACGGCCAGUGUAUCCCGCUCCACAGGAGCUAGUGAAUGAGUAAAUACAUAUCGAUGUGGCCUGCAACGGGAGUCGAUCUUUACCUCCCAAGCGUAGGAGGGGAGAGUUAAUGAAACAUACACGUAAGUUCGCCGCGGGGAAAGCGCUAGUGAUCGCUGUCUUCAGACAUCUUCUUACUAGGUCACUUGCUGCGUCCCCUUGAAAAGGCAGUCUUAUAAAUAAGUCCUUCUUUUCUGCAGUUACCGUGGUGGGCUUUGCACUGCGCUCCUCUAUAUUUCGGAGGAUUAAUCUUUCUGGGUAUCCGUUUUUGUGGAGUAUAUCCCACAGCUGAUGUAGUUCUGCGUCAACGGUCUCAGGAGAGCAGAUACGUCGCACUCUAGCUGCCAAUCCCUGGACCAAAUUGCGUUUAAUAUUGAGGGGAACAAUACUGUGAAAAUUAGUGUAUUGUCCCGUCCAGGUUUUCAUUCGGAAUACCCUACGUUGGAUAGACCCAUCCUCUUGUCUGUGCAGAAGAACAUCGAGGAACGCGAUUUCAUUGUCUGCCUCAAACUCUGCAGAGAACGUUAGCGAGGGGUGUGGAUUGUUGAAUUCAACAACGGGUGCUAGCUACAGUCGAGGCAGUAUCUAUACGGUUAGCCAAUCCAGUGCUAUGCUGUCAGAAGACUCUGACACAACCGCUCUGUCUUCCGUGGCCAACGCCGACCCCAACGUCCUGAUGGCAGUGCGUGUGCACAACGUACCCGACGUACUCACAGCCUAUGCCCCCUCUCCCUCGCCCUCUUGACCCAAUAACCACGACACGCCGACCACGCCAUAGCACGCCUUGUCAUGCGAGUGACGUGGGAACGAUGGAUGUCAAUUGUCCCCGAAUCACUUAUAAGCCAUGUAACUUCGCAUAACUUAAACUUUUAUGUAACCGUUUUGGCCUGAUGAAGAGUUACCGAAAACACGUGUUUGCCUAAUUGAUUUUUCAACUGUAACACGGGAAUAUUCGCUGAACUUAGACAAUUCAAUAUGAACUAUUCAAAGUCUGCCAAAAUGUCUAUCGAUAAUCAUAUUCUGUUGUCUCUAAUUGGCGCUUGGGGACAUUUUGUUGCGGAACCACUCCUGACUCCAUCUGCUCUGAAUUCAGAACUGAAUUAAAAGAUUGGAGCGAGCAGUAGCUGCCGUUUAGAAGAUACUAGUUGUAUAGCUAAAAUCAAUGCCUUUCAGCUGACGUAGUGGUCGGGGAGAAUAUCUUUGACCAUCAGGGUGCUUUGCACAACCCGGGACACUGCUCAUCAGCACUUCUGUUGUUUCCUCCUUCGUCUCCUAAACAGUAAUUGGAAAGUUCCUUUCAUGCCUCGUGUUUUUUUGGCUGUGAGCUCCCUGUGUUAGUCGCCUUGCCAAGUGGCUACCUGGGAGAGAACUGCACCACACCAUUGCUUUUAGCUUUCUUUUAUUGUCUCUGAGGCCAUAGUCACGUCCAUUAUCACCGAAGGAGUGCUGUCAUGGCCCUACAGGACCUUUAGGUCUGUGCAGGGUCACAGUACCUUCUGUCGUAUUCUCUUCUCGUAGGUAUAAAACCUUUUCCUGGUCUUUUUACCAUGGUUUCGUUGUCACCGACUCUUUCGCGCUGGUAACUUCUCAUAGUUGUUUUACCGAACCCCGUUGAAUUUCUGCCCACAGACAGACGAAGUGUCUUGCAAGCUGCAGCAGUACAAGGAGAAGACAAAAAUCGAUGGGGAGAACCUGGUACGAACGGUCUUCCCCAAACGCGUCUUCGAGAUGGAACAGCUCCUCUCUUCAAAGUUGUACAGUAUGUGUAAGUCGCUUGCUUUUCUCCCCUUCAAUGCGUGAUGCAGUCGCAUGCUUGUUGACUUGAUCGUAUUGCGAUUGUUGUGGCUUCGAUGAGGUUGGUGCGAGACAAGGGGCCUUUUUGGGUAGCAUCGACAGGCGGGACUUCGUUUUUGUUUGUAGUUAAUGGAUGUCUUUUCUACUGGUAUUCAUCGUGGCCCUAUGGCACCGUUGCAGACUGGUGACCUGAUUACAUGGCAAUUGAAGCGUUGGGCUAUUAACUAUCUCCUUUCGGGCUGCUAGGCUUAUCUAUAGAAAAUAUAAAAUUCUAAGCAAAGGGACUGCAUAUCAAUCAACGAUGUUUUCUCUUUACUGUUUACGACAUCUCCCUAUCUUUCAGUCAGUUUUUUAUUGGCAUUUCCGCAAACAAAACUGCAUUUCCUGGUGUUGGGAUAGCUUUCGAGCCAUUUUUGAGGUUUGCAUCGUUGUUGAACGUAACGCCACCCAUUUGGUUCUAAAGCGACCGAAAAAUUAAAGUCUGACAGAAGGAAGUCGGGACUGUAGGGUGGAUGUGACAAAACAUCCCAGGUGAGUUAUUGCAUAGUCAUUCUGUCGAGUUGAGUCGUGCGAAGUCGGAUUGUUUUUGUUUAGUAGCUUCCAGUAAACGAUGUGGUUGUAUUGCUUUUGUUUUUGUUCACCGUGUGGCUUGCUCGAGCUUUUCGGAGGAAAUUGCGUCCUCCUAAUCCCACCGCACGCCAAUCAUGGUCUUCCGAAGAUGAGAAUCCCUCCUCAGCCGAGGCGUUACACAUUCAUCGCGACUCACCAACCUUGAAACCUCAAUUGGAGGCGAAUAAAGCAGGUGUCGAAAAUGCUCGUUUUUCUAAACUCCACACGUCAUUGCUUAGGCAUAUAAAUUUAGUAAUACAAAAUUUUACGAGAAAACACUGACAGUGGCCACGUAGAGCAGAAGAGAUUGCUAUCCAGUACUAGGUAGCAUUUGCCGUAACAAGGCAACUUGAUGGGGAAAAUCCAUUUUUAAAGAACUUAAGACCCAUUAGACAACCCAGUAUAUGAACAAUGUCCGGAGAUCCCUCAGAAUAUGGUUUUCGUUUUUGAUACGACAACUCAGCGCUUUUCUGCACCACUUAAAAAUAUUCUAAAUCCCAAGCUGCGUUCCUACUGAUGUCUUCUGACCCCUAAACCUUGUCCAAAAGUAGCCUAGCUUAGGUGUCAUGGUUCCGCCUGACGUUCAAGUUGCGUUCAGACCUCCCAUAACCUCGGUCUCAAAUUGGAGGUAGGACUGGAUUGCUACGACAGUCUUGAUACGUACGCCUUCCUUCCUAUGCGAAUUUUUACAAAGACUCAAAGGACCCUCCAUGAACAAAUGAGUGAGUUCCAAUUUUACUCGAGACGGGUGCUUACUUAUGUAGACUUACUGAGUGUAGACUUUCGCCGCACUUAUUGCACUCGAUCCUCCACCUUUACCUGGGCCCAGUGUCAGGAAAGAGUAGAACAGACCUGAGGCGGGAGGGCUCAGGUCGGUGGCGCGGCCGAGCCCGCACCAUGGUGCUCCACUCUUACUUGCUUGUACUUGAUACGGCUGCGAUACUGCCUGAUCUAGCCGGCCUCGAUGAUGUCACGAACUGCACCUCUCCUCGCUUGACGAUCCGCGGCAGCAGAUCUGGACAGCUCAACCCGUUCCCUUCGCCAACGACGUAGACCGGAUGCCUAAGGUCCAAGAAUCACCUCCAUGUCUUGACGAACUGUGUCAGGCCAGGUUUUGAACUAACUCCCUCUUCGACGCCUCCAAUGGGGCAGCGGUGCCGGAUCAAGGGCAGUAACACUGAGCUUCUGAGAUGGACGAAGAAGAACAUGCCCGAACCACCUCAGUCGUCUUUCUUGGAUGGCCUGAGUCAUUCUUGCGAUUUUGUCGCAGCGAGCUCGGACUGUCUCAUUUGAGGCGUAGUCGGUCUACUUCACUCGAAGGAUGGUCCUCAAGCAGUGGUGGUCAAAUACCUCCAGUUUUCGCUGGCCCUCCACGCACAAAGCCCAGCAUUCACAAACGUAGAGGACAGACCGGUCAGGUGCACGGUACACGCGAAUCUUAGUGGCGAUGGAGACGUUGUGGCGGUCAAGGAUGUGAGAUCAACUUAAACCACGCACAAUAAGUUAGCUUCGUCUAAUGUCAGAAGUCAGGUAUCCGUGAGGACUAGUUUAUUCUGUACACAGGACAGGCUGCCGUAAGUUGGCUGUUUGCUUGCAACAGAGAUAAGCGUCCGUUCACGGAGAGCGUCAGUCGCGGUGUGUGUUUACGCGGGCGUGAGUGUCUGGGUCAGCAGGAGGGGUGAAUGACUGUCUGAGUGGUGGUCGUGUGAUUGGACAAAUUAGGGGAGGAAUGGAGGGCGCAUACUCACAAGGCCUCGCGGGAAUCAAGCCAAAACGUACGACGCGCGUUAGGUGAUACUAGUUUGUGAGGGCAGCCGGGGGUCACUGCAGCUGGACAGGAGGUGCCCCAGUUCCAGUCGCCAGGGGUUGUCGUGUGUCAGCGGCCUGUCAGUGCUUGUCGCGGCCAUCGACCGACAAAACGGAGCCGGAGAAAAGGGGGGGGCUGGAGCGGCUGCUACAACGUCACGUCGGAUCCAUAGGCGUUUCCGUUUCACCAUGAUGGCCAAACAUUGCAGUUUACUCUACAUCGUUGACAGAAGCCACUGUCCCCCAGAACAGGGCACAUUCCGGCAUCUGAAUUGGCAGUUUACUGUGUGCAGGUUGAAUAGGUUAAUACACGCGAAGAGGUUGAGUAGGCUUCAGUCUUGGUAAGAGAAUGCAAAAUAAAGGCCAAAGUCCGCUUGUAGAAGUGAGCUUCCGUGUCCGUGUGCGGAAUGUAUGUCCACGUGCGUGUCAGUUGGGACAUGUGUUGGAGUGUUAAAUAGCCACACGCUGAUUGGCUGGGAUUUCAUGGCGCUCGUGAUUAACUGCCACCAACUCUUGCGUCAACCGUGGUGCACUCGCUCGAGAUGGAAGUUAGUCAUACAGGUCAGCAUGACUGACACAAAGCGGUCGGUCUGAUGGGUAAGUCGACGUCUCAACGGGGCGUGGCUGCCCAGUGUAUGCCGAUCAGCAACGUGCAGGUGUGAAUCUACACCCCUUCCUGUUUUGUUCAAAUAUUCCCUAGCACAAUGGGCAGACGUGAAUCUCAAUUUUCUUUGGUAGGGAGCGCUCACCGAUCGUUCUUACGGAACUCACUCGUUUCGUUGUGUCUGACGGGUUCUCUCUCUCGAGCCCAACCAGCAGCCGCACAGCGGCCCAUGAUGUAGGCAGCAUGUUAUUACCGACGAAGACAAUGGAGACUGGAAUGGCCAUUUCUUGCUUAUCAGCCGUCGUCAGACAGUCAUACCCAACCCCGAAGUGUGGAACACCCGAGGCUCGAACUCGCGACCUGUUAGUUAGAAGUCCACGCCUCUAACCACUGGACCACGAACCCGUUGCCCUGUCGGUUUCGAUCGGGAAUAUAAAAUGGUAGGGGAGCCAGUGUUUAGAGGCGUGGGCUUCCUAACUAACAGGUCGCGAGUUCGAGCCUCGGGUGUUCCACACUUCGGGGUUGGGUAUGACUGGCUGACGACGGCCAAUAAGCCAUAAAUGGCCAUCCCAGUUUCCCUUGUCUCUGUCGGUAAUAACGUACUCCAUUUUCUUCCCUACGCAACUCACUCAGAUCUUCAUGGUUUUAGUCCUCCAAAGUUCCCUUUCCACCUCCUUCGUGGUACUGGCAUUAAGCCUUACCAGUUACCUGUCGGAGGUUUUGUGAACCAGAACGACACUAAGCUCACUCUACACAGGAGACGACAAUAAUGUGAGCCGCGGGCAGCCCGAUGCUUGAUUUAUUUUCACCUGGAUCGGUCAAUAAACAUAACUAUCCUCACCCAGUCGGUGUAGCCUUAGGACCGCCUCUACCGAGUAACAUCGAGUUUGUGACGCCCGAAUGAUCAGUAUUCAGAUGAACGGCACUUCAAAUCGAAUCUGCCAGAUCACUUCGUCUGCAAUUAUUAGGGUGGUUGUUCAACGAUCGCGUACGACUGCACUAAAUCACACUUCAUACCUCUCCAUUUCUUUUUUUGGAUGAUGGACCGAAACAUGGGUCUGAUCGAGCGCGGUCACCUCGGGCGUGCAAGACCUGCUAGACUAUCAAGACGCGACUUGUGAAUUACGAAAGGGGAUUUGUUAAGGUUUGUCAGUGGUGACUGUCGAUUGGAGCGAAUGGGCGAUUUCCAGUUCAGAAGAAUGAGCUUCAAUCGCGGGAACAAGAAGUUUACUGCCCGGACGCUUCCGAUUCUCUCUCUAAACUGCCAUCAGGGACAGUCGCAAAUCAGGGUACUACUGGCACAAGGAGCGCAAUUAUGUAUAGGACGUAAAUUUCAUGCAAGUACAUGCCUAGUUUUUUGUGGACAAAGCAACUACGUUGGAGAAACUGGGAGAUUACUCCGUACGCGAAUUGUUGAGCACGCGGUAGCAGUGAGGCGGGGAGACGCUAGCUCUCAGGUGGCGGCUCAUUCGACGGGACCCGGCCAUAUUUUCAAGUUUCCAGAGACCGAAAUCCUCGCAAGGGGUGACAACCGCGUGAGCCGCGAGCUGCUUGAGUCGUGGUCCUCAGGCCCGCAAUCCAUCAACAAGCGCAAUGACCUCCUGGUACCAUAUUCCCUGCUGAAAUUUUCCCUGGGCAGGGGAAUCAGUCACGUGGGAAGGGCGCGGGCGAGCAAUUAUCCCAGUGACAGUGAGCCAAUUUGCCGGGCAAUCGUCACACUAGUAUCCAGCACGGAUGACGAAAUCACGGCUAUUAACGACUCGGACGUGGACUGACAAGGCACCAUCGCAUCAAUUACGACUGCAGCGGUGAUUGCGAGAUCUGUUAAUUACGGUACGCAUAUGGUCCCACGGUAGCCACAUGCUAUAAAUACUGCACCCCUUGUGCCACCAUUACCCGUAUCCUCGACUGUCUCUGAUAAUGGGUGAGAGUGAUAAUCCGAAACUUCAGGCCAAUAAAUUCCUUCUUCCAGUGAUCUCAUCUUCGUCUUCUGAACUGCUACCUGGGACUCACCUGUUCGCUUCUAUCAGCUACAUGCCUAGUAUAAUUAACUGGCAUUCACCUUCAUCGUUGGGGUACGUAUGUCAUGCAAUGAUUGCUUGUUAGUCGCCGUGAUUUUGUCAACGUUGCUGAAUCUUGUAAUGACUAUUACUCAGAAAUCAGACUUGCUGUCACUGGAACUGAUGGUUGCUCGUGCCCUCCCUGCGCGGCCACUUGCUUUGCACAGGGGAAGUCUUGACACAGUCAUUGAAGCGGGAAGUUAUCAAGCUUGCUAAUCGACUGCAGGCUGGAGAAUCAUAACUCAAGCAGCUCAGGGCUCGCGUGGUUGCCUCCUCUCGCGAGAAUUUCGGCCUCGCCAGACUUGAAUUUGUGACCGGGCCCCGUCGAAUGAGCUACGACCUGAGAGCCAGAGUCAUUCUUCAUUGUUGCUGCAUGUUCCGCCAUUCGUGUCCGUGGUAAUCUUCCACUUGACUCGAUGUAGUUGCUUUGUCUGCAACUGCGCCAGGUCCGAUUAACGACCUCAGACGUUUCUUGCUGUGGCAGUGGGUCUUUUGGUCUCAUUACCUAGUCCCUCGCAGUUGCCUCCUGUCUGUGUUCAAGCUCAACCUCAAGUGGUGCGAUAAGACAGCUGAUGACCUCCGAGACGUUCUUUACAGAAACGCUCACCAAAAUGUCGGUUUGGUGCGAUUUGACCUCGCGCCUUGUUUAGAUGUGCGUCGGAUAUCCAUUUGCCUUUAAUAUCCGUUUAAGGUAUUGUACUUUGGCAGUCUUGUCAUCCAGUUCACUGCAGCGCAUCUUAACACCCCCCCCCCAUUAAGGCUGGCUGCUAAAUAUGCUAGGCAUCUAGUUGCAUGGUAAUUACGUUCCCUGUGCCUGCAUUUCUCCCAUCCGCGGCUGUCGCUGAUAAUGAGUUCGCCUGUGAAUCCGAAACGUCAAGCCAGUUAAAUUCGUGUUCCAACCAUCGCAUCUCCUUCGUUUGAACACUGGCUGCCUUCUUCACUUACCUACUCAUGUCAUCUCUUACAUUUCGGCAGACUGGUUUUUUUUCCUUUUUAAGACUCAUUUUUUCAACAAACAGGUUUCUCCGCUAUAUUUGUUUAGCUUAUAACCAGUAGAUGAGAAAACGAAACAUUACGCUGAUUUUUGGCUGUCUUCCCUUGCACAGCCCCCUCCUCUGUGUUCCAGAAAAUCAACCUGCCGCAACCUACUGGCCAGGCCGAGGGCGAUGUCGCCGCCUCGACCCAUGACGCUUCGAGCAAUGGUCCGGUGUUUGGGUCCCCCGUCUAUACCUUCCCCGGCGGCAGCGUACCCUUCAAUAACCACAUUCGGGAAAUGAUCGAGGUAGGUGCCAGGCCUGACAGCAAUCCUUUUAACUGUUUUCACACCUAUAUCCUCUGUCAAGUAGUCUACGUCGCCCCUCCCUUCCUUCAAGUUGCAGGUUAGUUACUUCGUACCGUCGUGUGACUGAAGUUGACACUGCCACACGCCACUGGGGUGUAGUGCUAGCUUGCAACAGUUCCGCUAUAUUUUAUUGAUUUACCUUCGUUGACGGGUGCGGAUGAAGCCUUUCGGGGUGUGUAUGACCAUCCAGUACUGAGAAAUUUCAAUAACUGAGGCAGUUUGGUAAAAAAAUUAUAAGUUGACGCGGUGAGAAACGCCUGCUGCUUCUCUGCCAUGUUGUUUGCAUGAGAAUUUACUAUCACAAAAGUUCUCCUAGUAAGGACAUUUUGUGCAGCACAAACGCCCUACGAACUUGUUUUCCUAAUCAUGCAUUCAUACUGACCCAACUGUGAAAAACUCGGCGCCUCGGUGGGAUUCGGACCCACGCAGUAAGGGUAAGGCUUUGGUAUAGCCAACACUCUAACCAUUCGAGCUACGAGGCCCCGCCGGACGAAGCGAGUUUAAUCACAUUUGAGUCGCGUCGUCCGGCGGGGCCUCGUAGCUCAAGUGGUUAGAGUGUUGGCUGUACUAAAGCCUUCCCCUUACUGCGUGGGUUCGACUCCCACCGAGGCGCCGAGUUUUUCACAGUUGGGUCAAUACGAAUUAUUCAAAAUCUGCCAAAACAUCUAUGAAUUUCUGAUCAUGGUUGUUGUGGGCUUGCCGCGCGUCUCGGUGGUCGCCACCCAACAACUCUCUCCUCGCUCGAACCACCGAAGCAGAACUCAACAGCAGGGGGGAGGGCGAAUGUGAAGACGUGUAUUGACGUAUUCUGACAGCUUACAUAAGGCGGUAGAAGUGAGUGUCCGAGAUCAGACUGAAAUUGGACCAAUCAGAUGGUGUCCUUGAGUGGUUAGCACGCGGCCUGUAACGCCCAAUGGGCUAGACAGUGUUGUUUGACUAGACUGAGGUCACUUUUCGCGCGGAACCCGUAUGGGAAUGGUGUAAUCGCGUGUUAGCGAAGGUGGUCGGGGUUUCCUCUCUCUCCCUAUCGUUGAGACCUUUCCACGCUCGUCGUUCGUCGCUCGUACCCUCUCUUGUCAGCACAGUCUACGACCCUUGCCCGCAGUUGCCGACAGCGCUGCAAUCCCCAACCUGUGUCUAGCUGAUGUGACGGAACCACCUCCCACUCCAAGUGGAUAAUUUGUGCAGCGAAUCGUUUCCCUGUAUCGUAUUUUAUCUACUCCUACUUUUCUAUUCUUGUAUCCACGUAACAGUGAAUUUUAUAUACCUCGAACCCCCUCCCUUACUAUAUCCACAUACGCGUACCGAAGGGCCAUUCCUGGCAGCCUAUUCAACCGUGUGUACUGCCCUCGACUUCAUCGGACAGUACGGGCCGGACUUCCGACACAUUUGGCACUUUGGGCGGACCUCCAAUCCUGUCCAAAAUUGGCGAAUCGUCAGAGCGGCGUGUCAGAGAGUCGGCUAGGUCGGCUCCUCCUAACGGUGGGCACUGGGAAAAGUCCACCUACAGUAGGUGGGCUAACUCGUGAAAUGUCGACCGGAAUUCUGAAAUGCGCUUUCGACUCGAAAAGAUCAAUUAAGUGGGGUUGUAAAACUAGUCAGCCUGCAACAUAAUUCUAUAAUAUUUCAGUUGCCUCAGGAUGCCGGCUUCCGUAUGAGCUUCCUUCCGGCCACAUGCAAAAACUGUACUCUGUAAGUAAUGACUACUUAAGUAGCAUGGAUGUUCCUCAUUGAUUUUCGAUGUCCUUGAACAUUCAAUUAUAUUUCAUGGAAAACACGCAUAAAAAUAUUCAUUCUCGUACUCAUUUGGUAGAAAAUUACGUCUUCUUUUAAUUUUAUACGCGGAGAAGUGACAUAAUCCGGUUGUAAAAAAGUUUUUAAUUGUGGAAUUUUUAAAUACCGUAAAAUGGCCGUUCAUAAAUCAUCAUAUCUCUGCAUUUACCGAUGUGGCUUGUAAAGUUAACAAUAUGGAUCAAAUCCACUGUUUAAUUUUAUGAACCCCAUAUGGUCCCCCUUCAUUACGAUAGAGAAAUGUGUGGUUUUCUGUACGCGGAAAAUAUACGGCUUGUAGUUUCGAAACCCUGAAUUCAAGUGCGACGGUAGAGCCGGUUGAAAAUUAUUCGAGAAUUGGAAAAAAAUUUUAAACCGAAUUAUGUCCUUCCUUUGAGUAUAAAAUUAGAAGAAGACGCAAUCAUCUACCGAAUGAGCUAGAGAAUGAACAUUUUUAUGCAUGUUUUCCGUGAAAUAUAAUUGGACUUUAGAGACAUCGAAAGUCAAUGAGAAAAAUUCAUGCUACUCAAGUAAUCAUUUUUUGCAAAGUGUCGCGGGCUGACUAGUUCUAUAAACCUACUUAAUUGAUCUUUUCGAAACGAAAACGCAUUUCGGAAUUUCGGUUGACAUUUAAUGAGUUAGCCCACCUACUGUACACUGUGACGUGCACUUUCCAUUUCUUGAUCUCAUAGUUUGUUUUCUUGGAAUGAUCUUGUGCCGACAACAGGAUGCCUUCUUGGUUUCUCAGGAUCUUAUUCUACUAGUCGCGCUAGCAGCAACAGUGAACCCCGUACAUCCGCAAAACCGUCCCUGAUCAGCAUAUUUGGUUCAUGCCCCUUUUGCGGAGUUAAUCACGCGGUCCAAUAGCUUACGCAACUUUGACUUUCUUGGCGACGCCAACCCUGAACUGCCUUUGUGUGGAAUUUUAUGAUGUCAUUUGACCCCCCUUCCUUUGCAACCGAAACGAGGUUUACCGAAGCCUGCCCAAUUCUGAUGUGGCCUGUUGAGUACUGCACGGUGUGGUAGCCAGUCACUGAACUGAGUCGUGAGCCGGUCCAGUGAAUGGAAGGGGGCGCGUGUACCAGGCUUAUGCAAAGUUACUCGCGUCAUUCUCCUGUUUUUUUUUUUAUCUCCGUGGCAGCAAGCAAAACCCUACUUGACCCAACUCAUGAUGGAGGCUCAGCUCGUUCGACUAUGGAUCCAGUUCAACGUUCCACGAAUUGAAGACGGCAACAACUUCGGUGUCAGCAUCCAGGAGGAGGUUCUUUCAGAGGCCUCCGGCAUUGAACGCGAUGCUCUUACCUUCCUGGAUCAGUUUACAAGGUGAGUAAAUGGACGGGGGACCACCAUUCCCCCGUCUUGAAUGCCUUCUUUCUGUUACUCCAGAAAUAUCUCGAAAGACGCCCUUGAACAUUGUUGAUAUUUGUUAGAUUGUCUUAGUGCAAUACCGGUUCCUUCACUUGAGUAGAUGUACAGUGUCAGAAGAGUCUGAAUAACUCGGAUAUUCUUUGUGCUCCUACAGUAGUUAGUAGUAAGAUCAAGAGAGCAGAUAGAUAACUGGAAGAUGGGUCUGCAUUCGAGGUGAUUAGACCGGCGGUAUCGCCAAUGACACCGACAUGUGUUAGUCUGUUCAAAGUCGGGUAAGUCAAAAAAUAGGGCCGCGGGAAUCCACCAGCGAGGUUUGCUUAUAGAAAGCAUGCUCCGAUAAAAUCUUGUUACUAAUAAACUGUUAGUAGCAAAGUAGGAUUUGAGCACAACAUUUAGGUGUUUGUGUCAUUAGCACAUUUCCUAGGACCUUCGUUCUGACCCUAAACCCCAAUCACAAUUAACCUAUCAGUUAAUAGCCUAACCCUAUGGCAGAACUGAUCGAGACUGUGUGCGGUUUUAUUCUGAGGCAACCGUACUUCUGCGUGAGGCAAUACUUCUCUGCACAUUAAAUAUAAUCACUUCAAGUUCCUGUUACCGGUUUUGUUGAAAAUGAGAAAGCAUAGUCGAAAAACAGGAGGGAGAGAGAGAGAGAGAAAGGGUUUGGGGUUGACUAACUCAAUGUUCUUGUUUAUGAAGGACUGGAACAUUAGGCUGGAUUCAGACCUUAUAUAUUCCGAUUUGGGAUGGCGGUAUGACCUCCUCGCUGUUGGUAAUUUACUUAUUGAUCGCUUUUCGCGCGACGACCUGACAUUGAAUGGCUGCACACCUCUCUGAUCUCCACUCUUGUGCUUUCUUCUUGCAGAUACUACGCCUCGAGGGGAAAGCUAGUAGGCAAGGUCGCCAAGUUCCCACACAUUGAAGACUACCGGGAAUGCAUUCGAGAUAUGGAUGAAAAGCAGGCCAUCUCCGUGCGUUACGUGAUCAUGGAAAUUCGCAACCACUAUGUGCGUUCAUUGUUUUGAUUUGGUUUCUUCUUGUUCGCGGUGGAUAGGAUCGCUUCUUCCAUAUUUAUGCUAAAACUGCCAGAAAUAAGUUAUAGAUGUUUUGGCAGAUUUUUAAUAAUUCAUAUUGACCCAACUGUGGAAAACUCGGCGCCUUGGUGGGAUUCCAACCCACGCAGUAAGAGGAAGGCUUUAGUAUUGCCCACGCUCUAACAACAUAAGCUACGAGGUCCCGUUUUCCCCGUACUGUGUGGAUUCGAAUCCCACCGAGGCGCCGAGUUUUUCACAGUUGGGUCGAUAUGAAUUAUUCAAAAUCUGCCAAAACAUGAAUUACGUGAGCUUGGUAGUCAUCUGGUGGAUUCUAGGUGAAGUACUUAGAAAAUCCUGCUUGGAAAGUCAACUUACUGUAUCAGAUUUGGUGGAUUCCAGACGUUGCAGUAGGUUUGGCGAGUAAACAUGACCCAAAUAUCCUACAUCUUUUUUGUUUUAUUUUCGGAGCAGAGGAUGAAUUCGAGUUAAAAUUCUUUUCGGAUAUCAAGACUUCCCAUAGAUGUUUUGGGAGAUUUUUGAAUAAUUCCUAUUUAUCCAACUGUGAAAAACUUGACUCCUCGGUAGGAUUCGAACCCACAACUGUAAGAGGAAGGCUUUAGUGCAGCCAACGCUCUAACCACUUGAGCUACGAGGCCCCGCCGGACAACGCGAGUUUAAUCACAUUUGGGUCAAGUUACCCGUCCAACCAAAGCCUUCCCCUUACUGCGUGGGUUCGAAUCUCACCACGGCGCCGAGUUAAUCAAAAUAAUCGCCCCGAUUAACGAAUGGUUUUAUCAAGCGGGAGUUCGCACAUACUGAUCUCAAAACCCCCGACCUGGGCGGCAUGGACUCCACCAAUUGCCAUGUCGCUUAGCGAGCAGGCAGGGACAUUGGUUGGUCGUCGGCUGUUGAUGAGUGUAGGCGCAGUGGCAAUUAGAGGGUAGUACAACCACCCUUCUCUCCCGUAAAUUCGGCUUAGGACGGAUAGACUCCGUGAAUGAAUAUGUUUAUGUUAAACCAGAUUUGUGGCCACAUCUACGCGUGUCGGACCCUAAAUUCAUAGGAACCAAUCUUUAAGCAGUCUCUUAAAGGCCACAUUGAGAAUGAAUCAUCGCUGCCUGGGCACUUUAGGUUCUUUGCCGGCAAGUCCUGACGUUCUGCAUCUCGUGGUAUGAAACCUCUUCGCUGAGUCGGCAGUGCAUAUGCUCUGUAUCAAUUGAACAACUGUCUAUACUGGGUUAUCUCUUUGAAAGCGCUCUAUUUAGGCAUCUGACUGACAGACGUCUGCGCACUAGGCUAAUGAGUAUAAUGUACAACAUUUUAGGUGUUAGGCCACAUACUGUUUGUAGAGAGAGACCGUAGGCCUUCGUAACUAGUCCCACCUCUACCAUUCCCUGAGAACACGAUAUUGAAAUGGAGCACUGACUAGAUUUAUGCAGUCCAAGAGCGACUCAUGGCUUACAGUAGGUUGGCUAACACAUGAACUGUCAACCGAAAUUCCGAAAUGCGUCUUCGUUUCAAGAAGAUUAAUUAGGUACGGUUGUAAAAAUAAUCAGCCUGCAACAUAAUUUUAUAAUUCUUCAGUUACCUCAGAAUGCCGGCCUUCGAAUUAACUUCCUUCCGGCUGCAUGCAAAAACUACACUCAGUAAAAAUGACUACUUAUGUAGCAUGAAUUUUUCUCACUGAUUUUCGAUGCCCCUAAAAGUCCAAUUAUAUUUCAUUGAAAACAGGCAUAAAAUAUUCCUUUUUUGCUCAUUUAGUAGAUAAUUACGUGUUCUUUUAACUUUAUACUCGAACGAGGGACACAAUUCGGUUUUAAAAAGGUUUUCCAAUUCCCGAAUAAUUUUGAACCCGCUCUACCGUUACACUCGGAUUCAGGGUUUUGAAACUACAAGCCGUAUAUUUUCCGCGUACGGAAAACCCCACAUUUCUCUACGGUACUAAAGGGGUACCAUAUAGGUUUCAUAGAAUUUAGCGGUGGAUUUGAAUCCUAUUGUUAACUUUACAAGCCACAUUGGUAAAUGCAGAGAUAUGACGAUUUAUGAACGGCCAUUUCACGGUAUUUAAAAGUCCUACAGUUGGAAGUUUUGUUAAAACCGAAUUUCGUCCCUACUUCGAGUAUAAAAUUAGAAGAAAACUUAAUUUUCCACCGAAUGCGUAAAAGAAUGAAUAUUCUUAUGCAUGUUGGCCAUGAAAUUUAAUUGAAUUCUUAAGGGCAUUGAAAAUCAAUGAGAACAAUUCAUGCCACACAAGGAACUGCAUCAAUUGUUGCUUUAUUAUUUUCUCCAUAAUCUUGCAGCAAAUGGAGGCGAGGCUGUUAGGUCUGUAAUUGUUCGCAGAGACCCGACUUCCGCCCUUACACAGCGGCGUAAUCCACGCCGACUUCCAGUCGGGUAAAACUGCUCCCCGACCGGGAGUCGAACCCGAGCUGCCUGGGUGAGAGCCACGAACCCCAACCGUUUGCCCUCGAGUUCGCUCUGUUUACUCCGAAAAUUGGAGUCUCCGACCCAUCGCCUUUUGUUGCCAGUUUUGACCAAUCAACCACCCCCCAGUUGACGCUUGACCUUGAAUAUUUAAUAUGUUUUACUACUUCCUUUCAGGCCGUCCUUCAUGACCUGAUCGUUAAGAACAUUGACCGCAUCAAGGUUCCGCGCUCCAACAAUACCAUUAGCAUGUACUAA